AUGUCUGACCUCGAAAAGCGUCUCACGCAGAUUGCGUUGAACCCUGCAUACCAUGACAUCUUUACCGUCCUCAAGGGUCUUCGCAAUGGCAUAGUCUACGGAGCCAAGAUUCGUUUCCCUCACGCAUUAGUAAUGACUUUGCUCUUUGGUCGAGGUACACGUCGCGAAAAACUCUCGUUCGUCCUUCGUGCUACCCGCAUGCAUGCUCUUAAUCUCGGCCGUUUCACAGCGCUGUACAAGUUUCUAUCCAUCGCUCUCCGACGAACUUACGAAGCAUGCGGUGGGAAAGGUGCCGUUCCCAAGUGGCAUAGCUUUCUGGCAGGUUUGGUUGCCGGUAACAUUUUGUUCGGCGAACGAACUCCUGUUAAUGAACAGAUUGUAUUGUAUACAAGUUCAAGGGUUAUGGCUAGUUUCUUGCCCAGGGCCGAAACUCGGAAAGAUUGGCCAGCAGGCAAGCCUAAGCCUCCUCAGAAGGCAUGGUUUGCAGCUUAUGCGACAAUCACUUGGGGUGUCGUCAUGUUUUUGCACGAAUAUAGGAGGGAGACGCUGCAGUCGGGCAUGGUUAAUAGUAUGGAUUAUCUCUACCACAAUGCUGAGAAAUGGGAUAGCUUGCGCAACUUGUUCUGGCACAACAAAUAG